CAUUUCCGGGCAGUCCUCUUAUUGUAUUCCGUAUCUUAACUGUAGAUUGCACAGCACAGCACUUUUCCAUCGUUUCCUUGAUGGUCAGUCAGUUCAAGCCUGGUGACACUAACAUGAGCAAUUACUUUUAAGGAAAAGCUUGGAGUCGUCCCAAAUAUGCCCGAACGAUGAGAUCCCGUCCCGCUUCUUACGAUCUCAACCCGACUACUAUACAAAGCGUGUCAGCGUCACCCAUCUAGCGACCAUUACGUCGAAAUGGAGUUAGAUACAUCGACAGAUCGCUUUACCAAUGCGAUGAACGCGACCUCGUACUUCGCUCCGUCUGGCAUGGACCUCUUGAUGGCAAUCCCGCGCCUGGCCCGACGAGCCGGUGCACUCGCCUUCUACUAUGUUCCUGAGCACCUUGAUGGCUUCGUGGGCAAGAUCAGAGAUGGAGGGAGCGUAAUCGCGGACCCUACGACAUCGAACACAAUAAAUGCCACGAUCACGAACGGUUCAAAGACGUUCAUACAAUCCGCUACAGGAGGUUUGGCCCCGGCAAUAAGUGCUGCUGCGGGAGGAGGCACGGCGGAGUCUGCGGGAGGUAUAUUCAGUCUGCAGAACUUCCGGAAUCUAGGUGGACUAUUUUCUUACGUGACAUCCAAGUGGGCUUUGACGACAUUUAUCGUUGGUCUCAUCUUGAACAGAACCCAAUUCUACGCGUCCUCUCGCGUACCUCUCCGACUGAACUGGAUAAUGCGGUUAUCCCUUUACCUCAUGCCCAUUCUCGUAAUGAUACACCGGAUACAUAUCCUGUUUCAAGCCAUUAGAUGCCAGACAUCUCCGGACUGGUCGGAGUUGCGAUAUGGCAAUGCGACCAAACAUAUAGGCACGGACUAUGCAGGAGAGGGAGGCAUUCUAUACUCCAUCAGCUCUACGACACUUUUCUGGGAGGACGACGCAGCUUCAUGCCGAGGAGUUAAUAUGGGAGGGUUUGAGGACAAGAACCUUAUACAAUUAUCCGGUUCUUUGGCUAUGCUCUGGCCGCUCUUCCUGUCGUUCGGUCUCAAUGCAUUCGUUGAGAACCUAGCCUGUGCUCUCCAGGGGCGACAGCCCAUGGCUGAGACGGGAAUGACGACCUUUGAGCACUCCCUUGCUUUCGCAGAGGCCGAAUCGGCGGUGUUGAGGCCUUUCGAACUGUUGUCGAAACUUGCUCCAACUGAGCUGCACCCGGAUUCGAGUGUGAGCACGAAGCUGACACGAGCACUGGCCAUGCAGAUCCUCAAUGUUGCUCCUGAGGUUCUCGCAGUCUCCCUCAUUUCGAGCCUCAACCAUUUAUCCAGUCACAUUCUCGCAGUCCUCGGCAUUCGGAACCGAUUCCGCCUCCUGAACACCGGUAUAUGGGGCAUGGCAUACAUGAGCACGUUUGUCUGGUCUUUCUUCAGCAUGACGAUGUCGGAAGAACUUUCGGUAAAUCUAGGAUUAUUGAGGUUUCCAACUGUCUGUAUCAUUGGAUUCGUCCCGCAUCUCGUUAUCCUCUGGGGAAUCUCGGUUUGCGCUACUAUCUAUGCCAUGGCCCUCCUGAUCACAGCCCUAGCCCCCCCCUUAGGACGAGAGCGUCCGCAAACGCUCAAGGAACGGUUCAAAUUCGCAUACCAGAACCUUCAGGCGAAUGUCUACCUCUCGACUGGGACUCCGAUCGUACUGCGGUGGCAGGAUGACUUUUACACGACACUGUUGAAGACUGGAUUCACGCUGUUAACAUGCGCAAGUGAGGCAGUCUAUCUCAAUGAAGGAUCAACCGUCAACGUCCAUCGGGCUACAUGGUUGGAGGAGAAGCGGUUGGACGAAUUGGCGGCUUCGAAGGGCCUUCACCAACGCGCUAUGGAAUCCGUGCCCGCCGGACUGCGAUCCGAUAUGAUCGCCCAGGGUCUGAGCUCGAUUGAUGACCAAACCGCAGAGGAUGCGGCACGUUUUGCGUCCAGCUCUGGGUAUGCCCGUGAACGGAAGGCUAAAGGGGGCCAAGCGUACCCUGAUAUUGCACAGGCUCCUAUCCGUGAUCGAGGUGUCGGAGUUUUCCAGCGUCAUGGGCGUUGGCUUCUGUCUCUUAGAUUCCUAAAGAGCAUAUUCUGGCUCUGCGCGGGUCUCCAUGCUCGCGCACUCAUUUCGGUCAUGAAUACCUUGGGCAUCAGCUAUGUUCCAUUGUGGCUCCGAAGAGUAGCGGGGACACGGUCAAGGGGACGGAAGCCAAUGGAGAAGAGUCGGAAUGCUACGGCCCAGGUUCUAAAAUUUUGGGUCCUAACUGAGGAUGGUGAAUUGAGGACACCGACGGACCGUAAUGUGGAUGUUGAAGCUGAGAUGAGGAGAAGAACGCUUAAUGGGGAGGGCGCCAUGUCCGGCGCAGAAAACGAGGGUCUUCUCGACCACGACCUCUACAACUGGUGGACACGGGGGGGUUGGUGGGGUGACAUUGAUGCGAGCGGCGACUAUCAAACCCCCGAGCAAGAAGACGACCUCACCAGUGUCGUCUCAACCAUCACAGAUUUGAGCAGUGUGGAUGAUUUGGUCGACGAAGACGAAGACGGGCGCCGAACACCCACCCAACUUAGCCCGUUCCCUAGCCGCCAAUCCACCCCCAUCAACGACGACCUCCUUGACAGGACGCGCCUGGCCUCCCUUCUCAACCCGCAAUCCUCCGAAGAGCAACACGAGGCGCAUCUUCUCUCCCGCCGCCUCCUCCGCGACAGCCCCAUGACCCGCUCCCAAUACCGCCGCGAACUCGACCGCGAACGGUCCCGCGUCCUUCUCUCACGACGAGGCGCGGCGCUAGGGAGUCGUGGCGGUCCAUCACCGACCGCGAUAUCCCCCGAAGAGGAGGAGAAGAUCCUUGAACGCUUCAUCCUCGAACGACGCGAUGCCGCGGCGCAGCAGCAUCUUCCCGGCGAGAAUGGUGCGUGGGAGAGUGGUGCGGAGGGGAUGGGGGCCGCAGGGCCGCAGUGCGUGGUGUGUCAGUUCAGUCCACGGACAACGCUGCUGUGGCCAUGCGGGUGCCUUAGCCUUUGCGAUGAUUGUCGUGUGGGCUUGGCAACGCGGAAUUUCAAUACGUGCGUUUGUUGUAGGACGGACGUGGUGGCGUAUUCCAGGCUGUAUGUGCCGUAAGGAAGGUUGUUUAGUGGCGUGGCUUAUGUUUUUUAAGCAUGGGAUCAUAGCAUAGCAUAUCUGUGUAGAAAUGGAUUUGGAAUUGGCAUCAGACUAGUUUUAACACCUCUACAGGCCUCUACCACAGUAAAUACCCCG